GUAGGCAAGGAAACAGGAAGAUGAAUCAGCAAGGCAACGACAGGCAAGCCAUGGGAGGCACAGGCAAGGGAAGAGUAGGCAGGUACCAGAAAGGGCAUGGAAGGGUAGGCCAAAUGGAACAGCAAGGCAGGGGCAGGCACCUUAAUAGAAGCUCUCCCUUAAAGAACUGCGAAAAGGAGGUUUAACUGUCUUUUUUGCAAACUUUGGAGGAGCAACCAGUAUAGAAAGUGUUGCGGAGAGGUUGCCAAGGCAAAGGCAUUCAGGAAAGGGCACGGCAAUAUAUUUAGCGUUGCACGGCAAAGGCAGGCAAGGAAACAGGGAGAGGAAUCAGCAAGGCAGGGGUAGGCAAGACAGGGGUAGGCAAGGCAUGGGAGGCACAGGCAAGGGCAUAGCAGGCAGGCACCAGAAAAGGCAUAGGAAAGGAAGGGAUUUAUUAAGAAAGGCAAGGAAAGGGAGCGACAAAGGCAGGCAAGAAAACAGGAAGAGGAAUCAGCAAGGCAGGGGUAGGCAAGGCAUGGGAGGCACAGGCAAGGGCAUAGCAGGCAGGCACCAGAAAAGGCAUAGGAAAGGAAGGGAUUUAUUAAGAAAGGCAAGGAAAGGGAGCGACAAAGGCAGGCAAGAAAACAGGAAGAGGAAUCAGCAAGGCAGGGGUAGGCAAGGCAUGGGAGGCACAGACAAGGGCAUAGUAAGCAGGCAACAGAAAAGACAUAGAAAGGGAACGGCAAGAAAGGAACGGCAAGGCAGGGCCAGGCAUUUAAAUAUACACUCCUUCCCCUUCUACAACUCGAAGAUUACGUAUAUUUAAUUAAGGUAUUUUAAGGUCAAUAUACAGAAUUUUAUCAAUAUAAUACAACGGGGUUGUUGUAGGUGCAAGAUAAUGUUUUUCAUGCCCUGUCCAGGAUUCGAACCUGGAUCUCUCGUUUACGAGUGUCAUAGCCAUUAGACUAACAAGGCGUAAUAAUUAUGUAAUUUUGUUAAUUAAAUAUACUUAAAUA